GAAAAAGAGGUGGCGCAGACGAGCGAUAUAUAUUAAUCCUAAACCCGAUCAUCGAGAUGAGGCUAAUCUCAUUUUCCCACCGUUUGUUUGGGAAGAACACUAAAGCGGAGUUUGAAGUUGAGUAGGACAUGGCUCAAUCCAAAUCCAAAUCUGUUCUCCUCCUCUGCGGCGAUUUCAUGGAAGACUAUGAGGCGAUGGUCCCAUUUCAAGCGCUAAUCGCAUAUGGAGUUUCUGUGGAUGCUGUUUGUCCGGAGAAGAAGGCUGGUGAUAUCUGUCGGACCGCUAUUCAUGACUUGUUAGGUCAUCAGACUUAUUCAGAAUCUCGUGGGCACAAUUUCACAUUGAAUGCAACUUUUGAUGAAAUCGAUAUUGACAAAUAUGAUGGGUUGGUGCUUCCGGGAGGACGAGCGCCCGAAUAUCUUGCUAUAAAUAGCUCCGUGCAGAGUUUGGUAAGAAAGUUUUCGGAUUCUAGGAAGCCAAUUGCAUCUGUGUGCCAUGGACAGUUGAUUUUGGCAGCUGCAGGGUUGGUUAGAGGUCGGAAGUGUACAGCAUACCCUGCUGUGGGACCUGUACUAACUGCUGCUGGUGCUUCUUGGAUUGAGCCAGAAAGUAUGGCAGCAUGUGUUGUGGAUGGUAACAUCAUCACUGCUGCCACGUAUGAGGGGCAUCCUGAGUUCAUUCAACUUUUUGUCAAGGCACUUGGAGGAAAUAUCACUGGAUCAGAUAAAAGAAUUCUAUUCCUUUGUGGGGAUUACAUGGAGGACUAUGAGGUAGCUGUUCCAUUUCAAUCACUUCAAGCUCUUGGUUGCCAUGUUGAUGCAGUUUGUCCCAAGAAAAAGGCUGGCGAUAGCUGCCCAACUGCUGUCCAUGAUUUUGAAGGUGAUCAAACUUACAGUGAGAAGCCGGGCCAUAAUUUUACGUUAACUGCUGAUUUUGAAGGCUUAGACGCAUCGAGCUAUGAUGCCCUUGUAAUCCCUGGUGGUAGAGCACCAGAAUAUCUGGCCCUGAAUGCACGUGUUAUUGCAAUCGUGAAGGAGUUUAUGGCAGCAAGGAAGCCAGUUGCUUCUAUCUGCCAUGGGCAACAGAUCUUAUCUGCUGCUGGUGUUCUUCAGGGAAGGAAAUGCACUGCAUACCCAGCCGUCAAACUGAAUGUGGAAUUGUCUGGGGCAACAUGGUUGGAACCCGAUCCAAUAGACCGAUGCUUCACAGACGGAAAUCUGGUUACUGGAGCAGCUUGGCCUGGCCAUCCUCAGUUCAUCUCUCAGUUGAUGGCACUUCUGGGUAUCCAAGUGGCAUUUUGAUCAUAGUGUAACCAGGUGAGUUCAUGUCUAUACUUAUUACAAGGGCAUAUCUGGAUAACCACUCGUGAAAAAAAGAGCAGUAAACGUAUGUAUAUGUUCAUGUUUUGGAUAUCAACACUAUGUUUUGCUUUUCCUGCAAUGAAUGUGUUGUAGCUCCUGUUUCUAUUGGAUCCCCGUUCCUAGGCUUAGCUUGUACGAAUCGUUAUGUUUCGAAUAAAUGGGUUCAAGUCAUGGUGACCACUAGUUUAAGAUUUAAUAA